GUCACAACGGCCUCGAUUAAUAUCUAUUUGGCACUGUGCAGUUAUACGGAAAUGCUCUUCGACCCUUGAACGCCCUGUGAAAAAACACCCUCGAACGCGAUGAAGUGCUCGCCUUUCCUGCUCAAAGGCUAUGUCUAUCACAGCGUUGAACGACGGGUUACCAGCAGCUUGCGCGCGACGUCAGAGCCUAAACCGCCGCUAGCUAUUCGCAGAGUAGGUGCGCAGAGAUGGAAGCCGAGGGAGGAUAAAUACAAGGCGCAAGAGAAGGAGCUCAACGGGAAGGGCAUGGAGCUUCAGGAAGAGGAGAGAUCACCAAGUGAUGAUGCGGAGGGAGGGGAAAAGGAGAAUAAGUCGUCAAGUAAUGGUUAUCUAGAUGAUGAAAUAGGAAGCGCAAGAGAGAGGCAGGCAAGAACACCGUGGCAGAGGGAAGGACCGGAGAGCCCUCCAGUGAGAAAGUUGCGCAGCGCUGGUGCCAUGACCAAAGGAAAACUUCUGACAACCCCAUCCCGACUCCUCAAGCUUAUACUUCCUCUCACUACGCUCGACAAAAACUCUGACAGGAAAGACAUCGAGCCGCUCGCCCUCCUCGUCCACCCCCAGCAACCACUCUCCUACCUCGGGCGCCUCAUCCAAUCCGAGCUCCCAAUGUUAAAAAACAAGGACGGCCAAGACAAAAUCCCCAAAGUCUGGUUCCGCGCCGAAGACUCCGCCCAAGAGGAAGAGAGCGAAGACGGGAAGCACGACAGCCACAAAGUCGACGACAUACAAGCCGGAGUGGAAGAAGGCAUCGACGAGCACAUGGUAGACGGCAAGCUCGUCAAGACCGGCAAGAUCAGCAAAGACGACCUCGAAGACUCCUUCCAUGGCGAGAACAUCGCCAAGUCACUCCGCGGCGGCCCUGGCGAGGGCGGCAUCGAGACGUACUCGGGCCUCGGCCACGACCAGCCCAGUGCCGCUGAGAAGAAGCGCAAGUUCGUGCGCUGGUCGACUAGCACUGAGAUUGGGGAUUUCAUCCGCGACGCGGCGCGCGGGAAGGAGUUCGCGAUUGAGAUUGAGGGGAGUCGUGAGGGGGAUAUUUGUGUGGGCGUGCCCAGUUUCGCGGACCGGACGCAUUACUUGCGUGUAAGGCUUCGGAAACUGGCGAGGAGGCUGGAUGGAAUGGCGAAGAUCAAGAAGGAGUGCGAUGACCUGGCACAUCGCAGCGCGCAACGGUUGGCGAUGGGGGGGUUCGGCAUCCUUGUCGCGUGGUGGGCGUCGAUUUACCAUUUUACGUUUCAGACAGACUAUGGGUGGGAUACGAUGGAGCCGAUUACCUACCUAGCUGGGCUCUCGACGAUCAUGAUCGGUUACCUCUACUUCCUCUGGCAUAACCGCGAGGUGUCGUACCGCUCGGCGCUGCAUGCCACGGUCUCGCACCAGCAGAACCGACUGUAUACCGUACGCGGCCUCGAUAUCGGUACGUGGGAGUCGCUAGUGGAGGAGGCGAACUCGCUGCGGAAGGAGGUCAAGAAGGUGGCUGAAGAGUAUGAUGUGGAAUGGAACGAGAUGCAGGACGAGGCGAGCGAGAUCGUGCAUGAGGCGUUGAGGAAGGAGAGGAGGAAGAAAGAGAGGGCGAGGGACGAUGAUGAGGAUAAGGAAGAUGAUGACUCGGAGGGGAAGGGGAGUACAAAGGAUUGAUGGACAGGCGGGUAUAGUACCAUUUGACACCGUUUUAGCGAGCAUAAAGAAUACAAUUGGAUAUACUU